AUGCCUGAACAAAAACAACGAGUUCUUAUUGCUUACUCCGGUGGUCUUGAUACUUCUUGCAUUCUAGUAUGGCUUAUUGAACAAGGUUAUGAAGUACUUGCUUAUAUGGCCGACCUUGGUCAAGAAGAAGACUUUGAAGCUGCUAGACAAAAAGCAUUAAAAAUUGGUGCGAAAAAAGUUUUUAUUGAGGAUUUGAGACGCGAAUUUGUUGAAGAACUCAUUUUCCCUGCUAUUCAAGCCAAUGCCAUUUAUGAAAAUGUGUAUCUUUUGGGUACAUCACUUGCUCGUCCCAUAAUUGCACGGAAUGAUCAAGUUCGUUUCGAAUUAGCUUAUUAUGCAUUGAAACCGGAUAUUAAAGUUAUUGCUCCAUGGCGUAUUCGUGAAUUUUAUGAACGUUUCCCUGGUCGCGAGGCUCUUCUAGUCUAUGCUGCAGAGAAAGGAGUACCAGUUGUCCAAACAGCUUCAAAGCCAUGGUCCACUGACGAAAACUUAUUUCAUAUCUCUUACGAAGCAGGUAUUCUUGAGGAUCCCAAUGUUACUCCACCAAAGGAUAUGUGGAAACUUACUGUGGAUCCUGAAGAAGCACCUAAUACUCCUGAACGUAUCACUAUUACAUUUAAUAAAGGAAUACCUACCAAAGUCGUAAAUCAUAAUGACGGAACUACAGAAACUGAUAUUUUAAAACUCUUCAUUUAUCUUAAUACUAUUGCACGACGAAAUGGUAUUGGAAGAAUUGAUAUUGUUGAAAAUAGAUUUAUUGGUAUUAAGAGUCGAGGAUGUUAUGAAACUCCUGGAGGUACCAUUCUUCGUAUCGCUCAUAUAGAUUUGGAAGGUUUAGUACUUGAUCGUCAAGUUAGAGCUUUGAGAGAUCAAUUUGUUACUCCUCAAUUUUCACAACUUUUGUAUAAUGGUCAAUACUUUUCACCUGAACGUGAAUUCCUUUCCGCAUCACUUUUGGAAAGUCAAAAAUCAGUUAAUGGAGAAGUAAAAUUAAAAUUAUAUAAAGGUAAUGUCAUUGUUGAAGGUCGUAAAUCAGAUACAGAAAAAUUAUAUGAUAUGGAUGAAAGUUCUAUGAGUAUUCAAGGUGGAUUCACUCCUGAUGAUUCUGAAGGAUUUAUCAAAAUCCAAAGCAUAAGAUUAAAGAAAUGGGUGUUUUCAUUAACACACUUGGUAAAAUAUACAUUUGAGGAAUCGAAAAUUAUUAUUAAUGAUCCGAAAAUAGAUUUGAUGUCAAAAUCAGAACCAAUUUUAAGAACUUAUGAUACAAAUAAAAAUUCUCCAUUAUCAGAAAUCAAAAAUGAACUGAGGUUUUCAAAAAUGCACGUUUAUUCACCACAAACAUUAACUGAUCGUAUAUAUCCAUAUUAUUUUCGUGCUAAAAAUGUGUUUAAAUCAGAUGAUGUAACAGUUACUGCAUUCAUAACACAGAAUCGUUUAGAUGAUUUAGUAAGAUUAGCUAAUACGUGGAGAGCUACACUUCAUAUACCAUCAAAAUUAAACAUUGAAGAUCCAGAAAUAUCUAAAACCAUAAAUUCUCUUAAAAUACUUUACAAGAAACAUUCAAAUUUAAGAAAAUUUGUUGAUAUACAUCUUAUAACUGGUUCAGGAAUAAAAGAAAAAAAAAACAAUUUUCCAAUUCCAACCAAUUUUCAUCUUAAUGUAGCAAGAUUUUUUGCACAUACAUCGGUUAAAUUACCGAAUACAAAGAAAGAAAUUAGAGUUAUGGUAAAAGAAGAAAAGAUGGGAAUGCAAGAUUAUGGAUGGGAAUUUAAUAAUGGACCAACCUGUGUAUCAUCAUAUUUUAAAAGUAAAAAACCUUAUAUGAUAGAAGAAUAUGAUUUACAUUAUAGGCCCAAUUUUAUAUCAAAAAAGAAUGGAGGACUUCCUUGGUGUACGGAACGAUUUGAAAACAACAAAGCGGCAUGUUUAUUUCAAAUGUAUCUUAGUGGAUCAAAUUUGUUUGUAAUUCACGAUGGAUUUUUGAUUAAUCAUAAUUUCAACCCUAAUUCUCAUCUUACAAAUCGCAGCGAUCCACAAUGGCAGUGCCUUCUAUAUGCACGCCAAUUUGUAUCGGAAGGAAAAUGGAUGUUACCAAUAGCCAAUCAUGUUAAAGAAGAAUGUCAACGAGUAUUAACAAGUUGGGGAAGUGGACUAAUAAAAAGUGAAUAA